GCGGCGAGCAGCGGAAGUGCAGCAGCUGUUUCCGGUGGUUGUAUUUGGCGUGGUCCGGCUCGGCUCGGCACAGACCAGCAGCAGUAUCAGCUGUAGUGAACCUGUGUGUGUGACCGCGGAGGAAAGAUGGCGGCCCCUGCUCUCUCCAGCCGGGCUGGCUCGGCGGGCAGCCUCGGGAACAGCCCCACCAUGGCCGCCGGCAGGCUGCCGCACGGCGGCGGCGGCGGAGGCGUCGGCGUCGGGCCCGAGCUCGACUUCAGGUCGGCGGCCCGCAUGGAGGACCUGACCCGGCUCAUCCAGGAGUUCGGCAAGCACGACCAGCGGGAGUACGACGACCAGCGGGCUCUGGAGAUCCACACGGCCAAGGACUUCAUCUUCUCCAUGCUGGGAAUGGUCCAGAAGUUGGACCAGAAGCUCCCGGUGGCCAACGAGUACCUCCUCCUGUCUGGAGGCGUUCGGGAGGGUGUGGUGGACAUGGACCUGGAUGAGCUGAGCGUCUAUGCCCGCGGCACAGACUACGACAUGGACUUCACCUUGCUGGUCCCGGCGCUCAAACUUCACGACCGCAACCAGCCGGUGACCCUGGAUAUGAGGCACUCGGCCCUGGGCCACUCCUGGCUUAGCCUGCGCCUCUUUGACGAAGGAACAAUCAACAAGUGGAAGGACUGCUGCACCAUCGUCGAUCACAUCAACGGGACCACCAACUACUUCUUCUCUCCGACACUGGUGGCCGACUGGUUCUACCAGUCCAUCUCCCUGGUGCUGCUGGAGGUGCAGAAGAAGCCGCAGAGAGGGAUGCCAAGAGUGGAGAAGGUGGAGAGGAACGGCACCAUCAUCUCCGUCAUCCUUGGCGUCGGAAGCAGCCGGAUGCUCUAUGACAUCGUCCCUGUGGUGUCGUUUAAAGGCUGGCCAGCCGUUGCUCAGAGCUGGCUGAUGGAGAACCAUUUUUGGGAUGGGAAGAUCACAGAGGAGGAGGUAAUCAGUGGCUUCUACCUCGUCCCUGCCUGCUCCUACAAAGGCCGCAAGGAGAACGAGUGGCGCCUGUCGUUCGCCCGCAGUGAGGUGCAGCUGAAGAAGUGCAUCUCGUCCAGCCUGAUGCAGGCAUACCAGGCCUGCAAAGCCAUCAUCAUCAAGCUGCUGUCUCGCCCCAAAGCCAUCAGCCCCUACCACCUCCGCAGCAUCAUGCUGUGGGCCUGCGACCGUCUCCCCGCCAACUACCUGGCCCAGGACGACUUCUCUGCCCACUUCCUGCUAGGCUUGAUCGACGACCUGCAGCACUGCCUCGUCAACAAGAUGUGUCCCAAUUACUUCAUUCCCCAGUGCAACAUGCUGGAACACCUGUCAGACGAGACGGCCAUGCUGCACGCCCGCAAACUCUCCUCGGUGCGCUCCGACCCGGCUGAGCACCUCCGCACCACCAUCGAGCACGCCAAGGCCGCCAACAGGCUGACGGUGGACCUGCAGUGGCGAGGCAGUGCAAACAACCUGCCUUCACCGCAGUCCGACGCCGGUGGAGAGAACCAGCCAGAUGACCGGCUGGCCAAGAAGCUUCAGCAGCUGGUCACGGAGAAUCCUGGGAAAUCCAUCUCAGUCUUCAUCAACCCGGACGACGUCACGCGGCCGCACUUCCGCAUCGAUGACAAGUUCUUCUGAGACUGAGAAACGUUCUCCCAGACCUCUUCCUCCUCCUCUUACUCUCUGCCUUCCUUCUCCUCGCCUGGUGCCCCACCUCCUCUGAAACUUUAUUUUUUACAUUUUUUAUGUUUCUCUGCCACAGAGUGAAGUGAGGUAAUCGUCUAGUUGUGUCUGCCACAAUUUUUUAUUUUUAUUUUUCUAUUCCCUUUCCCCUCUUCCCUCCUCUUUCACUGUGUGCCCUGUGUUUUUUACCUGCUGAAUGCCUUUUAAAUAGACAGCUGAAUAGCAGCAGGUUGUUUUUAAAACUGGAGGAUGAGGCAAAAAUCCACCUUAAGAUGGAAUUGCUGUUCCUAUGUUACGGUAGUUUAAUUAUCAGGGAUCCUGGAAAUGAGACGAAACCAACAACCCCUGAAAACGUCACAUAAGCUUGUUGAAAGUAUAUUUUGAGUUCCCUGAUCCAGUUGAUGGUCAAACGUGAAGCCUGUAGUAGCCUGAAGAAAUCAGGUAACACGAAGGUAAUAUUUUCCACUUUACGAUAUGAUGUAAUCACUGGCCAGUCAUCGCCACUGAAAGAAUAAAAACUCAUAUUACAUAUUAACUUUGCAAAAAUGACGCUAAAUAUUCAGUAGAUCGCGUAUAUGUUCUGUUUCACAUCUUAUUAUAAUAAUAAUAAUAAUAAGAAUUAAUAAUAAGAAGAAUAUAAUCACGAGACUCAGUUUCUCAUAGUAAAGUUUCUCAUAAUUCAGUAAUAUAUUAUGAAAUUUCCAUAAUUCUGAAAAUUACUUAUCCUCAUAAUUAUCACACACUCAGUUAUGAGAAAUGUUCCCUCAUAAUUAAAGAUGAGCAUCUAUUAUUUCAUAAUUGUGACCUUGCUACAAAGUCAUAACUGUGAGAUACUUAAGAUAUACAAGACCAAUAUUAUUACUUGAGACUUCUCAUACUAAUUCAGUAUCUCAUAAUUUACAGGUACUCAUUCCUCAUAACUAAAUUAUGAGAUUUAUUAUGAAGUUUUCAGGAAUUAAAAGAUCUAGAAGUAAUCUCAAUUCUGUUAUAGUAUCUUAUGACAUACUAAAUCAGAAUUAUUAUUAUUAAUUAUUAUUAAAAACACACAACACUAAAAUGAAAACAAGCUAAAGCUCAGGAUUUUUGUUUUUUCAAGUGGCUUCAGACACAAACUUAAACAUUUGAAACUCACUUUGCUCUUUUAAACGGCUCAAAUAUCUGCAACAGCUCAGCGUCGUUCAUGAUUUCACACCAAGCCUGGAACAGCAACAAGAUUGUUGAACAAGACUGUACUGUAUAAGAUUGUAUACACAUUCAGGAGUUGGGGAUGCCAAAUGGCACGAACAGAAGUCUCAAACCCAGGAGUAAAGAUAACAGAGCUCUGUUUGAAGGUGGAUUUUGUCCCUCUGAGGAAUGUCUUAGUCCCGCUGGGGGAUGAUGGUACUAACGUCUUAGAAACUAACUGUAAAUAGAAGAAAACUGACUGAACACUGAUGUGUGUUAGAAAGAGAUAGAGACUGAUGAUGAUGUGUUUUCGUCAAAUUUUGCACAGAAUGUAAAACCCGCCACCACUUUUCCUCUCGAUGGUGGACGUUGUGUUCGUCCUGAUUCUGAAAUGGUUUAUCAUAUCAGUAGACGGGUGCCACUACUGAAGAAUGGUCGUACUGCACGCUUUAAAUGUGCAUACUAACCGGUGGAAUAGCACCAAGUACACAGUGAUACUGCAGUAAUACUUCAUCAGAGUCUCUCUCAUACGUAAUGUGCUGACCAGAGAGUAUUCUGCUCCAAACAUGCAGCUUCAUCCUAAGUGAUUUCAGAGAUGUUGAUCUGGCAACAUUCGUCUUUCAGGACCUGGUCAAAGUCUUUUCAACGCCAGUGUGAACAGAAGCUGGACAAUUCCCAUGUGGAGUCUGUGGAUGGUUUUGAAAAUCUCAUGUAAAACUCUGAGAUAAAGUGAGCGAAUUUAUCACAGGCAGUCUGAGUGAUGCAUGAGAGAAAACUGGUGAUUAGUUUUUUCCCCAAAAAAUGUAUGAAUUGGUCUAAUGUUACGCCUCGUUCACACAUACAGGCUCCCUGGAGACGCUACAUGAUGCCGUUCAUUAUAAAUUGAACCUCAAAAAACAUGCUCGUGCUGGCCGCCACUACUCAAAGACUCUAAAGUCGCCCAGAGGCACAACGUUGGGAAGUCGAUAAAGGUUCCAUAUUUAUGCAAAUGUCCUCUGACGCGAGGAAAGGAGCAUGGCAAUCAAUCGUGUGAAACAGAAGCACAGAGUUGACUAGGUGGCUUACCACCUCCACUAAGCAAUUAGUAAAAACCAACGCAGAGGUCUUGAGCGCUCGGACCGCGUGGGACUUUGUUACGUUGGUUCAUAUAUUAAACUCCCUUUUUAUUUUAGGCUCUCCUUCCACAUUUGCUGUGUAGCGCACUGGGCACGAAAUUCCCCAAACAGAUCCCGAAGACUUCUCCGAUGUGCUGCAUCGACAACCAAAAGCACUCGUUUUGGUUUCCUCAGGAAGCGUUUUCUACUCCACUCUGUAAAGGAGCUUUAAACGUACCUCGCGUGGAAAAUGAACUUCUUUGUUGGGCGCCAGUUGAGCGUUAACAUCCGACAAUAACUGCCCAAUCCGAGCUGGGUUUGUGAAUUACGUGUUCAACAUUAAACACGCCUGAAAGCUACAGACUCAUGAGAGCAAAGAACUGCUAGAUUUGAACCGGUAUGUGUGAACGAGGUGUAACCGCAGAAACGUUUCUCUGUCAUGAACUUUGAACGCGUUCCCUGUGAACACAUCGAACAGCAUUACUGUGUACUUGCAGCCCGUCUUCUCCACAGUUUAACACUAAUCUGCUGCAUUAUGACCAUUAUCAGGUGAAGUGUCACAGAAUAUUCCUUUAGACAUGAUAUCACUGGCAUCUCUUUCCACUUAUUCCUGUUUUGAUCAGAAGUGAUCGCACGUUUCGGUAAGCUUCACUGUAUCUGUACGACCUCAUGUGUUUUAUUUUCUCUUCAGCUGCUUUAGGCAGCGUUUAUACGUGUCAAGGGUUCAACUCUCCUUCAAUACAACCAGCUCAGGAUGUGAAUGUUUAUCCCGUCUGUUAGGUGACUCCCAGUUUCAACUGAGCGUUUCACUGUCAGACAACUUUCUGUCAACAACAUGGCCGAGUCAACUCCAUGAAGCACACACUGCCGUCUGAUAGCAAGGACACUUUGCAUAUUGUCCAGUAGCUGACGAGGUCAGAAUAUAGCCUAUCCGAUACUGGGGUUUUUAACAAACUCUGAAAUGGAGAAACUGUUUGUAAAUUAUCUCAAACCUGACAUUUACCGUUACUGAUCAGCUGACAUCAACACCGAUACUAAUAUCCGCAGUGAUCUAAAUUCAGCCGAUAAUUUGGCUAUCUUGAAUACAAAACGAGUAAUAUUAGUCCAAGAACAGGGCUUGAAGUUUGGAUGCGCACAUUCAAUAAUAAUAUCCAUCUCAUAUGUCCCUGCAGCUCAGGUAGAGUCAGUUUGAUUAAUCCAGAUAAAGUAAAUAAAGCAACAACCUACCUGGCAGAGGACAGUUGGCACAAACAGGGUUAAUUUAGCCAACAUGUCUGGACAACCAGCUUCCCAGUAGUUUAGUUACCCAGUUAGUUAGCAGUUAGUUAGCAGUGGUGUUGAUGUUGAUGGUCAUCUGGUUCAAAGGACAGGUUGAUUCAGCUCCAGGUGUGCUGAUUACUGGCCUCGUUCUUUUGGCUUCCAAACAUCAUUAAAUGAUCAUUUCUACCAAUCAGACCAGAAACUGUCACUAUUAAUGACACAUUACCUUUACAGUACACUACAGCUCCCAAUAAAGGAAGAAGAAACACUAAAACUGAGUCUAAAAGUUAGUAUUUCGAAAAAGGUGAAACAAGAUACUUGAAUUUUCUCUCCGUGUUCAAAGAAAAACAAGUAUUUGCGACUGUAUUGGCAUCACAUCUAAAAAUCUUUUUAUUUUAACAGAUUAAACACAAGACAAAACAUGUUUGGCGUUCAACAGUUAUAGCUACCAUGAGACUGUCAUUGUGAUUUUGCCUGUGUCUAAGCAUCAUGGGAGUUGUAGUUGGUCCUGCGCUGGUUGAGUUCGAAGACGAGUCGGUCCCAGUUUUUGUUUUCUUUGUGUUUUCAACUGUCCCAAACAUUUCCAGAAAAAUGCCAAAAAAAACCUGCAGAGAUCUGACCGGCAAUGUGAUCUCCAUAUCCUCAUCCUCAAGUGCAAUUAGUGAAAACACACACACCACAAGUACACACACAUACACACACAUAUAUACAUUGUGUAGCAUUAAGACUAAAAGACACUAAAACUCUGUUAAAACUGGUUUUAAUGAAGACACAAACAGACCACAGGACGCUAAACCCUCCGCUGAAUCCCACAAACCAACACACACACUCAGAGGUUUUUCACACCAUCGAAGUGCCACACACUCUCCUGCUCGGUGGAAAUGUAAUCAAGGUGUUGUUCUUCUGAGCUCCAUGACCUUUGACCUUACUCGUCUGUUUGUUCAGAACCUUUCGACUGUGAGUUUUUAUUUUCUCUGUAUCUUGCUGCUCUGCUUUAUUCUGAUGAUGGAUUCCUUUAUGCACUGUUGACUUUCAUGGGUUAACCCUUCAGAUGGCAGCUCCUCCCCCGUCUAUGAAGUUUCUCCGCUAUAAAUCACUGUACAGUAGCGUCAUCAUAAAGUCUUUUAACCAGAAGCUGUAACAUUCAGUCUCACAAUCUGUUCUCCGUGAGUUACUAUAAAUCUUCUCUCGACACAAACUCUUCAUUUGGGCAAUUAGUUGUAAAUAAUUCAGGACCUUUAGUCAAACCAAACAACAGUAACUUUAAGUCUUAUAUAGAUUAUAUAGGAAAUAUAGAUCCGUUCAGUUACUUAUUUGCUGUAAUUAUUAACACAAAGUCUGUGGUACAAUAGUGAUUUGGUAACAGAAGUAAACCUGGGUGUCAUCUGCAUAGCGAUGAUGAGCAGUCUUGUUAUCCUGCAGGAUUUGGUCUAGUGGAUGCACAGGUUGAACAAUAGAGGCCCCGUGAUCGAACCCUGGGGAACUCCGCUCAGAUUUAUGAUUUUCAACAGCGCAAGGCACCAAUUACCUGAAAGCUAAAACGUAGCACUCAGUUUUACAGUUACUGGAGCUAAAAAUCUACUUAUUAGCAACAGUCGAGUGCUCUGUUUUCUGGUGCACACAAAUGUGUUCUUCAGGACCACUCAGAAAAUCUUAAUAUUACACUUCCUUUAUUGUGCGCCCAAUAUAUAAAAAAUACAAUCUGCUGUGCUGCAGUGUACUGGCAAUGGAAAUGAUUAAAUCUUACUGUUAAAAUUAUAUCUUAUCAGUCAAAUUCUCUGCAUGGCAGGAUGAUAAAUCCUGUGUUACUACACUGGUUCAGUUCUUUGUUCGUUUAAGGUGAGAGAAGGGAAACACGUCACUGCUAACGUCAGUUUAGCUGUCAAAGUGGAAAAACAUGGAUGCCUGUAAGUGUUUAACAGUUACCAUUUAAAGCUAAUGUUUAAAGCCAAUGUGAAGGUAGUGGUAUGCUGAUAAAUUUAUCUCAGAUGUAUUUAAAAAGCAUACAAUCCUGUCAGAAAACGUCAUGGAAACUUCAUUUCAUAGCCAUUUAGACAUUUAGGUUCAGCCAAGAGGUUUGCAAGCUCAACUUCAAUGGUCAGUGGUUCAAAUCCACCUUUAGACGUGUUGUUCUGUUUUUUGUAAAUGUUUCCCACGGGGGAUCAGUAAAGUCUAAUCCUGAAUAAGUCCAGUAGACAAUAUUCAAGCAGUUACCGCUCACUGCCACCUGUGUGAAAAGUAGAUUUGUGCAGAAGAAGAAGCAGCAGCAGCUCUGUCAGACAUUAGUGUCAUGAAGAUGGAGGGAGCUGUCAUCUGGCCGGCUGCCCUCUGUAGACGCACAGUGACUUUAUCUCCUCCUGUAAUGUGUAACUACUGUUGUAAAUAGCACUUGAUAAAAUAACUUAAACUCC